AUGAGCGAAGACUUGAUAACGAAUGAUUCCGCUGUGCUAGAAGCGCCGAUACCAGACUCGGAGUCUGGCUCACAGUCCGAGCCGUAUAGGAUCGACCUCACCGCAGAUGAGCAGAUAGCUGUUAAUCAGGCGAAAGAUGACCCUAAUAAAACGGCAUUCAAGGGAGUUGAUCAAUUGAACAAGUUGAAACCCUAUGAGGUUAUCUUCCUAAUCCUGAAUCGAUGCAUCGGUACUGGAGUAUUCAUGUCAGCUUCUGUUAUCACUCAGAACACAGGAAGUCUUGGGCUCUCAAUAAUAUAUUGGAUGUGUGGAAGCAUAUUUGCCCUCGCUGGAACAUACCUCUACGCCGAACUAGGACUCACCAUCCCUCGAUUUACAUGGAAAGACAAGAAUAGCGUGGAUGAAAUUGAAGGCUGCACACCGUGUAAUGGUGGUGAACUCAAUUAUCUUACCUAUAUAAUGCCCAGCCCUAAAUUUUUCGCGGUCUGUGUCUUUGGAAUUCCCUUCCUCAUAAUAGGUAAUACCGCGGCAAACUCUAUCAACUUUGGUCAGAACGUGCUCCUGGCUGCCGGAUAUUCAGAAGCCAGUUACGGAAGUAUAAUUGGACUCGGCAUCAUGGCCACUACCUUUGCGUGCAUUUUACAUGGUCUGUCGCGUACCUGGGGUAUUCGCUUGAACAGCUUCCUCGGGGCUUCCAAAUUCCUGAUCCUGCUUUUUCUCGUAAUUAUAGGGAUUACGACGGCGGCAAUAAAUGGGAAGAAAUCUCCAAGUCUGACCAACGAUUUGAGUCCCCCGGCAGCCUUCCGCCACGUCACGUCAAACAGCAAACCUUUCAAAUAUGCAGAAGCGUUUUUGUUCGUUUUGUUUCCCUUCAGUGGCUUCCAUCAAGCCAACUACGUCCUGGCUGAAAUCGACCGGCCAAAGACAACUUUCAAGCGUUCGACUUUUACAGCGAUCUUCAUCGUUUGCAUAAUGUUCACGCUACUCAACAUUGCCUACACCUUAGUUGUCCCUGAACACGAACAGACUGCAGGUGUUGACAUUGGCAGCCGCUUUUUCGAGAUCAGCAGUGCUACUUUAUUUGGAACGUCUUCAUAUCAGGCGCGCCGCGCCUUUGCUGGGCUCAAAGCGGUAUCGAGCCUUGGAAAUAUCAUUGUCGUUACAUUCACGGCAUCAAGAGUGAAACAAGAAAUUGCGAAAGAAAACAUUCUUCCGCCUUUCCCAUAUCGUCUAUUUUGGGCGAAGGGCUACAACUUCCAGCGAGACCAGUCCGCAGAGCUGACUCCCGUUCCUGCCCUAUUUCUGCACUGGCUCUUCACCACAAUCCUCAUCUGCGCAGCAUUGGUGGGCUCACGAUCGUCAGAUAAUGCGGGAAGGGACGCUUAUUUCUUUGUCGUGAGUGUCUACGCUUACGUCUUGGACGUUGUAAUCUUUGCUUGGAUUGCACUCGGUGUGCUGUACAUUCGCAUCUCGCCUGGUAGCUUGUGGCACUCGAUAUCCCCAGCAAACCACUGGCUCAGCAUCACCGCCGCGCUCAUAUUUCUUACCAGCACAGCCUUCCCUUUAAUAUGUAUGUGGAUUCCUGAUCCAACCAAGAAAACACUAGCGCAGAGUAACCACAUCGCUUGGUACACCUCCCAGACAGUCGGUGUAGCUGUGUUUGCCUUCGCGAUCCUGUACUGGCUGGCAUUUAGGUACAUCGUGCCCCGUGUCGGCAGUCAUCGCGGUCGGGAGCUCUAUAGUAACAGAACGCCAGUAUUUCGCAAAGAGACGGUCCCCGGUAAAGACCAGUAUUAUCUGAUUCGGACAUUUGAGAUUGUAGAGACCUAUUGGGCAAAACCUGAUUGUGCGGAUGUAGCCGAGGAAUUAAGAAAUCGAGAAACAGGAAUGAGGACUGAAUCUUCGAUCGCAGAUCCGAUGUUAGCGGAAAGAGAGGUAAUAAGUCAGCGCUAUUUAGGUACUCUUUGA